AUGCCAAAACUUUGGGUCCCUCAAGCUUCACCUAGUAACUAUGGUGAUGACAUCGCCGGCUACGUCGAGGCCGUCGGUGAGGGUGUUUUAGGCUUCAGCAAGGGCGAUCGCGUGGCUGCUUUCCACGAAAUGGGCGCACCACAUGGAAGUUACGCCGAAUAUUCAAUUGCAUGGGCUGACUCCGCUUUCCAUAUACCAGCCCACAUCACUUUCGAAGAAGCCGCGACGAUUCCUCUGACUGCAAUGACGGCUGCUCUAGGGCUCGACCAGAGACUCGGAUUGCCACUGCCCUGGAGUGCAAUCACUGAACCACUACCAUUGAUCAUUUAUGGCGGUGCCACGGCCGUCGGAUCAUUUGCAAUCAAGCUUGCAGCUCUCUCGAAUAUUCACCCUAUUAUGGCUGUUGCAGGCAAUGGUACUUCUUAUGUGAAUACCUUACUCGACAAAUCUAAGGGUGACACGGCGAUCGACUAUCGUCAAGGGGAGGCUCACACGCUGGAGAAAAUCAAGGAAGCUGCCGGCGAAAAUCCGAUCAUCUACGCCUUUGACACGGUGUCUGAAUCGAAUACGCUUCGAAUGAUUGAUCGAGCGCUCGCACCCGGCAAAGGCAAUAUUGCGAAUCUUCUACCAAGUUCGCCUAAGAACGAGUUGUCUUCGGAGUUAACGUUUACGAUGGUAGGAACUAUACACGCAUCUAAGUCUACCAAAUCUUGGCCAGCCCUGGGUAACAGAGAAUUUGGAACACUCUUUUUCUCGUUCUUCGGGCGGGGCCUGCAAGAAGGCUGGUUCCAUGGGCAUCCCUACGAAGUGCGGACUGGAGGAUUAGAUGCCUUGGGGCAGGUUCUCAGAGAUCUCGAGGCGGGCAAAAGUUCGGCGAAGAAGUACUUGCUGAAAAUUGCAGAGACCAAGGGCGUUAUGUGA